CACCAUUUUCUCUCUUAUUUGCCAAACAACUCAAGCAAGCUCUGUUUUGGACUUCACAUUUCCUGCUUUUGAGUUACGGGUGCUUCCUCCAUAUUUGGCAGAGCUUUAAUUUAUUAAUUUGUUUUUUUUACCAGCUAAAUUUAGCAAACAAUUUUCUCGUUGGGGAUUGCUGUGAUCGAAUAAAAAGGCCUGUGUGAAAUUAUUUCGUUUGGUUUCCCUCUGUUUUAUGAUCUAUUCGAGAGCGACGACGAUUGUAAUACCUAGAGAAAUUCGAGUUCCAGAUUAUCCUGUAAAGUGGUCUGGUUUUUCUGUAAACAAAAAGCAGAGGAAUACCCAGUACUCCGUUGUUAAUCCUCCGUUCUUCGACUGGAAGGGCUUGACGAAGCUCUCUUGCAAUUCAAUGACGAUCGAGGCGUGUUCGAAGCACAUGGGUGAAGCUCCGGCUUUGAUUUUGACAUCCGGUGCAAGCGGACGCAUAAGCGCUUUAUUUUCGCUGCGCGUAUUGAGGAGUCUGUUGAUGCUAGUCGACGCGUUCGUUUUGCUGCUUUUGGUGCCGUUCCGAGGGAGGAGACGGACGGCGACGUUGAAUUCCGCGAACAGAUCAGAUGAUAAGCAGGAGGGCAGCGUGGGGUCCACCAAAAAGGGGGGCCCAGUGGUGCGGGUGCCGGCGAUCGUGGCGUGGAGGAGUAGCUCGUCGUCGUCGUCGGGAAUGGUGACGGUAGACCAGGAGGUGGCAAUGAGACGAGCGCUGGCGAUACGGAGAGUGGUGCAGGAUGAAGGAAACGACGUCGUUAGAGGGUUUUCGCUUUUCGUCACCGCCAGAGGAGACACGCUCUUCACGCAGUCAUGGACUCCCGUUUCCCUCAAAAUCAGGGGAGUGGUUGUUCUUUUGCAUGGCCUGAAUGAACACAGUGGCAGAUACAGUGAUUUUGCAAAGCAAUUGAAUGCUAAUGGAUUCAAGGUUUAUGGCAUUGAUUGGAUUGGACAUGGUGGAAGUGAUGGACUGCAUGCUUAUGUUCACUCUCUUGAUGAUGCUGUCGCUGAUAUGAAAUCUUUCCUCGAGAAAGUUUUAGCUGAAAAUCCUGGGUUUCCUUGUUUCUUCUUUGGACACUCAACUGGUGCAGCUAUUGUCCUUAAGGCAAUGCUUGAUCCAAAGAUUGAAGCCCGUGUAGCUGGAGUAGUACUGACUUCUCCUGCUGUAGGAGUUCAGCCUUCACAUCCAAUUUUCACAGUGCUUGCUCCAAUUGUCUCAUUUUUGAUGCCAAGGUACCAAUUCAGUGCAGCAAAUAAGCAGGGCAUGCCAGUGUCUAGAGACCCCGAGGCACUAGUGGCCAAAUACUCAGAUCCCUUGGUCUACACUGGAUCCAUCAGGGUGAGAACUGGGUAUGAGAUUCUUCGAAUUGCAUCCUAUUUGCAGCAAAAUCUCAACAGAUUGACAGUACCAUUUCUUGUCCUCCAUGGAACUGCUGAUACUGUCACUGACCCUGGAGCUUCUGAAAAGCUGUAUCAAGAGGCCUCCUCAAUUGACAAAACCAUCAAGCUGUUUGAAGGGUUCCUGCAUGAUCUCCUCUUCGAACCAGAACGAGAAGCCAUUGUCAGUGACAUUAUCGAAUGGUUAAAGAGUAGAGUUUGAGAUUAGGUAGCUAAAGGAGAGAAAAAAGUACUACCACCCAAGAAACCAUCUAGAAAAUCGAAGAGCACCAAGUUUUAACUUGGCAAC